CAAAAGAGGAUCAUGAUAAACUCUACACAGGUUUCAUAUUUCAUACUCUCUGCCUACUUUGACACUGGGCUUUUUAAAUAUUUAUUUUUCAUCACUGUCAUGUCUUUAUAUAUUCUGAUUAUUUGUGCCAACAUUUUGAUGAUUGUGAUUAUCUGUAUGAACAGAAGUUUACAUGAACCUAUGUACCUGUUUCUGUGCAAUAUGUUUGUAAAUGAAGUGCUUGGUAGCACAGCAGUGUUUCCAUUCCUUUUGGUUCAGAUCCUCUCUGACAUGCACACAGUUUCUACUUCUUUUUGUUUCCUGCAGAUUUUCUGUGGGUAUACAUAUGCAAACAUACAAUUUUGGAACUUAGCCAUCAUGUCUUAUGACAGAUACCUUGCUAUCUGCUAUCCUUUACAGUAUAACACACAAAUGACCUCAAAGAAAGUUGCCAUGCUCAUUGCUCUAAUAUGGUUAUUCCCAUGUAUUCAUGUUGCUGUCAUGAUAUCUCUGACUGCCUCUUUGCAGCUGUGUAGAAACAUCAUUAACAAAGUGUUGUGUGACAACUAUAGUAUCGCCAAACUGGGUUGCUCUGAUACAACAGUCAACAACAUCUAUGGACUUAUUUACACAUUUAUCAUAGUAGUUGGACUUGUAACUUUAAUCUUUUACUCUUACAUCAGGAUUCUUAAAAUCUGUUUUUCUGGUUCUAAACAGACCAGACAAAAAGCUUUCAGUACCUGCACACGUCACCUUGCUUCUCUGAUCAACUUUUCUUUUGGCUGUUUCUUUGAGGUUUUACAGAGCAGGUUUAAUAUGAGCAGUGUACCCAACAUGUUACGAAUACUUUUAUCAAUAUAUUUUCUUACAUGUCAGCCGCUCUUCAACCCUGUACUGUAUGGACUGAAUAUGUCCAAAAUCCGCAUCAUAUGCAGAAGUCUGGUCUGUGGUCAGUUUUAG